UGUGCUUGCUGCGUCACCACUACAGACUUCGCGCAUACCUCUAAGUACUAUUAGGAUCUCCAGUGGACAUCUACACACUUUACCACACCCUCCAGUUUCGAUCCCUCAUCUACUGACGCUGCCAGACUAGUCUUCAACACCCAGCUGCACGUGCGGCUUUGAAAGCACCACCUAGAUAUGACGCGGUGACACUUGGCUGCCCUCAUAAGCUCUCAUGCGAGCGAUUCUCCCUGGCAAGCCCCAGCCUCAGCUGCAAGCCGCUACGACAUGUUCCUGGAAUGGAUUACGAGUUAUUAUCUAUAUCUCCGGCAAUGCGCUCGUCAUUCUUGGCGGUCCGAAUCGCGUGCUACAGACGAUAUAUACAGAGAGUGAGAUAGGCUUGGAAGCAGUGUGUUUGGAUGAGGCAACUGGAAAGAUUGCGACCUGUGCAGGCGAUCAUGUCUAUGUAUACAAGCCCUAUGGCCAGGAUGAAGAUGCACUGAAGUGGUCUUUACAAUGCCAGCUUAAGUUACACAGCCCUCACCACGAGACGUCCACGCUCUCCUGGGGGGCCGACGAAGAGUUGCUUAUGGGUGAUUCGUACCUCACCCUCUUCGCAACUCACGAUACUGCCGAGGAAUUAUGGAGCAAAGCAGUAGCUAAUCCAGUAAAAUUCGCCCAAUUCUCGCCGGAUGCUGCGCUCAUCGCAUCGACUGGUAUUCAUGACCGAUUUUUGAAGAUUUGGCAUCGAUUAGGGUUUGGCUCGGCUGCCCAGAACUUCGAUUAUGCCUACCUCCCUCAUCCGAGCACAAUAACUGGCAUCCACUGGAGGAAACCAUACCACCAAGAGCAGCUGCAAAUGAACGUACUGUACACAACAUGUUUGGACAACAAAAUGAGGAUCUGGGUUCCUGGAGAUCCACAUGGUGUUCAGAUCAUGCAAUUGUGGGGUGAAAUCGAUCUGCUAGAGUCGAUCCAGCCGCGCAUAGUACCAACAGCACCCCAGAAACAGAAAAGAUAUGCAUUCAUAAUCGACAGCCGUGAUUUCAUGGUUGCGACUGAGCGUGCAGUGCAAGAAUCAGCUAGAGAUACCAGCGACCAGCACACACUUGACCAUUUGAUCAUGAUCGCCAAUAGGACGCCAGAGGUUUGUGUAGUUCUGGAUGACCGGGGAAAUAUGUCCGCCUGGGGCCUAGAGAACAUCAGCAACAAGCCUCGUAAUGCGACAGAUAUGUUCAACAUUGCUCACUGUGAAGGUCUCCACUUACAUCUUGCGAAAGACCCAACAGGAAAUUAUGAAAAUGUUCGGUUCAUUUCCUUCUGUAACAAUAACUCUGAGCGCUCUUUUACUAUUCUCGCACAUCAUUUUGAUGGACGGAUGGAAUGGCUUGAUAGUAGACUAGACCACCUAUUCGAUCCCACUCCUCGAAAGGAGCGCGUCGAGCGAAGAGCCAUCUGGACCGGUCACUCCAACCCCAUCAAGAAGGUCAAUCGAACAGAAACCGGGCGGGCUUUGGUAUCUCGGACGAGUGACGACGAAAUCAUUGUGUGGACACAACGAGCCUCCCAAAAGGGUGUCACACUGCACAGACAUAGCACCGUAAGCGUAUCUGAACAUGUCCAUAGGACAUGGCUUCUCCAUGACGGCGACUUCGUAGUCUUCUUACACCACGACAGCGUUUCCUUAUGGGAUGCACGUGGCGCCACAGCCACCAAGGUCCAGCAAUUGAAAUACCAGGUGCGCGGCAAACCGCUUUGCCUUCUGUUAUUACCAGAGGCCGACCCGGGAUCGCCAACCAUACACCUUGCUACGAUCACGUCUGAAAUGAACGGUAUAGUAUGGGAAUUACAGUUACCACACACCUGGAACCAGGCCAGUUCAAGGCGCUUCUCUGCUGGGUUGAGCCCCAUGCAACGGCGGCCAAGUAGGUUAUCCCAUGAUGGAACAGUGAUCAUACAUCUGAAAGAGUUCUGCAUGUUCAAUCUUGGCUCUGGCAGUGACUUGGCAUUCGUGCUACCUGUGGAUCCUGCUGGGUCGACUCCAGUAAUAUCAGGCUUUCUUGACUCGUUUGCUCGGGAUGUCGCUAUGUCAUACACAAACACCGGCAAAGUUACAACGUGGACCGCAAGGAUAGACGUCAAAAGGUCAAAAGUGGAUUGGCUCAGGACUUCCUCCUUCGAGACCGCUAUAAUGAGGCCUACCCUGGCCAGCGGAACAUCUAUCAGGAAAGCGGCUCUUGUCGACGAAUCUAGGACUACCCUGUCCAUCUGGAAUACAAAAAGCGCUCAGCUUGAAUACGAGGAGAAGUUCGAGCAUGGAGGGGACAUCCAAGAUCUUGAUUGGUCGUCAACCCCUGAUAACCAAUCUAUCUUGGCAGUGGGCUUUCCGCACAGAGUGGUUGUUUAUGGGCAGCUCAGAUAUGACUACCUCGAUGCCCGACCAUCGUGGGCCGCGAUCCGAGAGUUUCGAACUCAAGAUGUGACACCCCAUCCAAUUGGAGAUUCUGUAUGGUUAAGUAAUGGACAUCUAGUCAUUGGAGCUGGUAAUCAGCUCUUCAUCCAAGAUGAACAUGUCGAGGUCUCCGAAAGCUUCUUUCCAGAUAUUCGGCUAGUCUCGAAGGAAAAGGCUGAGGUGAACCUUUUUACACUCGUCAGUCGACUCAAUGGUCCUUUGCCAGUAUACCAUCCGCAAUUUGUAGCUCAGUGUAUACUUUCCGGGAAGCUUGCGCUAGUACAAAGCAUUCUUGUAAAUUUGCAUAAAAACCUCAAGUAUUUUACCGACGGCGACGACCUUGACUGGUUUCUAGGGCUUAAGACAGAAGAUUUCUCGCAAAACGAUGACGUGCCACAAACAUUGGCUCGCAAAGAGAUGCAUUCUUCUUACACCGAAUUCUUCGACGAUGAUGAGCCUCUUACUGUCACAGAAGAGGUUGCGACCUCAUUAAAAGAAUCCCUUACAAAAUGGCAGUUACCGUUGCUAUCAAGCUGCGAGCAAUUCCAUCUAGCAGACAUCGUCGAAUGCAUCGGAACUCUAGAGAAACACAGACGAUCAGUCGACAUUAAUGCAAGCCGCUUUCUACUGUUCUUCCGACAGCACAUGCUCAGAUCAAAUCACCAAAGCGCAGAACGCUCACAGAUCUCAUGGCGGGAAAUCACUUGGGCAUACCACAGCGAGAGCCAGGACAUUCUCGUUGACCUCAUCACGCGUCAUUUUCAGGGCAGAAUGCUGUGGAAAAACGCUCGAGAUACUGGUAUGUUCAUUUGGAUGACUGAUCUCACAGCACUCAGAACACAGUUCGAAGUCAUUGCACGCAACGAGUAUACAAAGACAGACGAAAAGAAUCCAGUAGACUGCAGUCUCUACUAUCUCGCGCUGAAGAAAAAGCCGGUUCUCGUAGGUCUCUGGCGGAUGGCAACUUGGAGCCGGGAACAAGGGGCUACGCAGCGCCUGCUCGCAAAUAAUUUCACAGAAGCGAGGUGGAAGACGGCGGCGCUAAAGAACGCAUAUGCGUUGAUGGGCAGGCGCAGAUUCGAAUAUGCUGCUGCGUUCUUUCUCCUCGCCGACCAUCUUUCCGACGCUGUCCAAGUUCUCUCAAAUCAAAUGCAAGACACACAACUCGCCAUUGCCAUCGCGCGCGUCUACGAAGGCGACGACGGGCCUGUACUCCACCAGUUACUCCAAAACACGAUCCUGCCCAAAGCUGUCAAGGAUGGUAACCGUUGGCUCGCCACGUGGGCCUUUUGGCACCUCAACAAACGCGACAGCGCCGUGCGUGCCCUCGUGUCCCCGCUCUCCAGCCUUGUAUCCCCACCCGGAACCCUCAAGGCGCAGAGCAUGCUAUUUCUGGCAGAUGAUCCUGCGCUCGUCGUCUUAUACAAGCAGCUACGUGCGAAGAGCCUGCAGACACUGCGUGGUGCCAUCAUGGUCAGCCAGCGAGUCGAGUGGGAAUUUGUCAUUCACACUGCUCAGUUGUAUCAGCGCAUGGGUUGCGAUUUUCUUACGCCGCCGCCGCAGAUGAAGAAGCAGAUGCCGACCUCGCCGCUCGCGUCGUAUGAUCUGGAUCCGAGGAAGUUGUUGAGGAGGAGGAGCUCCUUAGUCGUGGCCGAUCUGCCAAUCAGAAGGACUAUGACGCCUUCACUUCGGAAUGGGGUCAAGGAGGGAAGUCAAGAAGACGAUGACGAAGAGACUGAGGAUGAAGACGUUGACAAAUACGAGGGCGAAAAUGAGAAAGAGUCAGAGAAGAAAAAGUCGCAACCGCCGACGCAAUUCAAUGAGCCGGACGCAAACAGCUUGUUGGAUUCUUUUGGGUUCUAGAGCGCUCGCGAUGGCGCAAAAGUCUUUGUAUGUUUUUGUAGAGUAGUCAGAAUUUCUAUGCCCAUGAGUUUAGCCCCAUUGCUAUGCCUUCACAGGACUGAAUUGCUUGAUACGACCUUCGAC